GCGGGGCUUCCCGGUGAUCAGCUGACAUGAAGCGAAGGGUCAUGUGACUCGAUGCAGAACGGUCACAACAGCAAUGGCGCCUGCAGUGACAAUGAGAAGCAACAGAGUUUUUGUUGUUUUGCUUGUUUUAUUAUUUAGUUUUUGCCAAAGUUUCGUCGGCGGGACAAAAGAAUAUCAAAGAAAGUUAAUCGUGUCUGUGAACCCAAACGCAACAACGCUGCCACCUGGUGGUGACUUGCUGCAUGUGCGAGCCGUGGGAAAUGACGACACCCUGCAUUUCCUAUUCUGCAGCCAGGGGGCGCCAACGCUCCUGAUUGUUCACACAAACUCCAGCACGUCGUCUGUUCAGGUGAACUGGCCUCAGUUUUUGAGCCGUAAUGUCAGCGGCGGCCUCCGUGUGGAGCCACAGAGCAGCAUCCAGUACAGCAUUGCUGUGGUUUUCAGUCGGCUGUUGGAGUACGACGACGUGAAUGACACCGCCAAGCCAGAUUCCGGCUUCUUCCCUCCAUACGAGCUGCAGAACUUCAAAUGGACCCGCCUCCAGUUGUUCGGCGCCGCAGCUCUGGUGUGCGGGAAGACACCCGAGUUCGGGAACGGAACACUCUGCCUGAAGUUGUCUGUCUUUGACUCUGAUGGGCGUGCUGAGUCUUGGCCCCGCCUCCUACACUCAUCCAACUCCUCCCAGCUGGAGGUUUGGCUGGAUGGCAUAACGACACAGGCGCCAAACUCCCGGUUCCUGCUAGAGCUGCAGGCGGUGGGCGGAGACUUCCCCCUGAGCCGAGUGGACGUCCGUCAGUUCAUCGACGACGAGUUCACGCCGUCUAUUUUUAAGGUGUCAGAGUGGGUGUCUCCAGCAGCGGGCGGCUCAGACGUGUUGGGUUACGUCCAGUGGAAGCCGGUGGCGUACCGCCAGUCCAGCCCAGCCCUGGAGGACGCCACGCCGUGCCGCUACUCUGACCCUCAGAGUCAGGACGCGAACGCCACGGCGGCUUCAUCCGCCCUCAUUCGGGCUUUCUUCUCCGCACACAAUGUCACGGGAUUGAACGUGAGCUUCGGCCUGGCGGGAGAACCGUUCUACAACAGCACCAAGUUCCUCAGCUGGACGGUGCUGGUGGGCGUCGGCGCUCCGCCCGUCGACACCUUCUCUCCCAUCGUACUCACCAUCAUGGCCGUGGGUCUCGGAAUCCCCGUGAUCCUCCUGCUGCUGGGCGGAGUCUUUGUCUGCAUCCAUAAAAGGAGGCAAGGCGCCACGGCGGCCUACCAGUCCAUAAACUGACGGACGGAGUGACAGAGACUCUUUUAGUGAUGUUUUAGAGAGCGGAGAAGGAGCCGCUAGAUUUAUUGUAUUUAUACUUUCUCAUGAGUAAUCCAGACAUUAUUCUGUACCAAGAAUCCUCUGACGUAAAAGCAGGAAUAAGGAAUUUAAUGACCCUUGUUGUAUAUAAAUCAGAAAUAUUUUCCAGAUUUUAUAAUUUUUUUUAGUCGCAUCUAUAUUCUCGUUUCGCUUAAGUUGCAUUUGUUUUUUCUCAGCUCAGAAGAUUCGACUAAAUCUGUGCACAUUUAUGCAGAUCUAUAUUUUUGUCAAAUUGGAGGAUUUGUUGCAUUUUUUUAGACUCUAUUUUUGUGAUUACAGACAUGAGUUUGUGUUCAAGUUCAGGGAUUUUGAUUCUAAGUUUCAAUUGUUUUAUUUUAUUAGGAAGCAAACAGGAAGUUGAUAUUUACUUGAAAGCUAUUCAACAGCUGAUUGGCUCAAAUGUUUCAUCUUAAUAAAUCUGCAAACUUUUUAUUUUUGUAAAA